UUUACCCACACAAUGGUGAUUCCCGAAAUCGUGCUGCGUCAGAAUAAUUCGAAAGUUUUUGAACCGUGAUUAGGUUUGUUUUUGUGCUUUAUCGUACAUUUGUAGAUUGCCAAUACAAUUCAAGAUGUCCGGAGAUGGAAAACUCGAAAAGAUGGAAGUUGACUACAGCGAGACUGUAGAUAAGCUCAUUCCAGAGUGCGAAACAAUAGCAAAGGAUGGGAACUUGGAGGAAGCUCUCGAAAAGUUGUACGGAUUGGAAAAACAAACAAGAGUUGCAUGCGAUAUGGUGUCUAAUGGAAAGAUUAUGGUAUGUGCUGUGAAAAUUUGUUUCGAAGCAAAAAAAUGGGAAAUGCUUAACGAUAUCAUUGUUGUGUUAACAAAGAAACGUAGUCAGCUUAAACUGGCCGUGGCAAAAAUGGUACAGGAGUGUUAUACUUACGUGGAAAAAACACCGGAUUUGGAAACUAAGCUUAAACUAAUUGACACAUUAAGAGUUGUGACUGAAGGAAAGAUAUAUGUGGAAAAUGAAAGAGCCAGAUUAACCAUGAAACUUGCGAAAAUUAAAGAGAACCAGGGGGAUAUAGGGGAGGCCGCUACUAUUCUGCAAGAGCUCCAAGUUGAAACAUUCGGAAGCAUGGAAAGGAAGGAAAAAAUCGAAUUUAUUCUUGAGCAAAUGAGGCUGUGUCUGGCAAAAAAGGAUUACAUUCGCGUUCAGAUUAUCAGCAAAAAAAUCAGCAUUCGGUUUUUUGAAAAUAAAGACGAAGAUGUGCAGCAGUUGAAGUUGAGAUAUUAUCAAAUGAUGAUUGAAUUGGAUUUGGCUGACGGAAAUUAUUUGUCAACCUGCAAGCAUUUUAAGGCGGUGUAUGAUACACCUUUGAUUGAAACUGACAAAAUUAAGUGGAAGCAAGCUCUGAAGAGUGUGGUGUUGUAUGUGAUCUUGGCACCGCAUGAUAAUGAGCAGUCUGAUAUGCUCGAGAGAGUCAGAACGGAAAAGAAAUUGGAAGAAAUUCCGAAAUACAAAGAGCUGUUGGAGUGCUUCGUAUCUCAAGAACUGAUGCAGCUGGAAAAGUUCAUGGCAUUGUAUGAGCAUGAGCUUAGGGAAGGAGAGAGUGGCAGUCCAUGUACAGAUGUGUUCUUGCACACUGAGGAUGGUCAGAAGAGGUGGAAGGACUUUGCUAAUCGAGUUGUUGAGCACAACAUUCGUAUCAUGGCCAAGUAUUAUACAAGGAUCACUUCUAAAAGGAUGUCUAACUUGCUGGAUCUGUCGGUGGAAGAAGCAGAGGAAUACCUGGCAAAGUUGGUGGUUAAUAAGACUGUGUAUGCUAAGAUAGACCGACUGGCUGGUGUGGUGACUUUCACAAGACCGAGAGAUCCAAGUGAUGUUUUAAAUGAGUGGUCUCAUUCUGUCAACAAGCUCAUGGGUCUAGUGAACAAAGCUACUCAUUUAAUUGCGAAAGAAGAAAUGAUCCACUCUUUAAAAGCAAUUUGAUAGACUCACUGAUUGUAUGUACUAGAAAAUUCAAAACAAGAUCACAAAAGUUCCCGCUUUUGUAUUAUUUGUUAUGGAGUUACGUUUUGCUGGCUUCUUUUAUUUGUUUGCAUUAUACAUAAAUGGGUUGUAAAAGUGUUGUAUGUUGUAUUAUUACGAUACCCACAAUACAUUGAAUACAUGUGUAAUGUUGAUUUGUAAUGUCACUAUACAUACCUUUAGACCUUUACUUAACUACAUUAAAUGCAAUGCAAGAAGUUAUGGGGCUUAAUACCAUGUGUUUAAAUUUCA